AUGAGUUGCUUUGCAUUUUGCUCGGCGUUUACACGUCCAAUCCGGCCUAAUAUCAGGUUAUGUCCGUCGCUUAGUUCUCUGCGAGGAGCAAAAGUUGCCUCGAUAUCGAUGUCAAAGAAAACGUCAAAACGUGCGAAACGUGGAGAGAGCGAGAAGCAACCUGACCCCUCAACCCCACCUGCGGACGCCUCUCGGUCGACUGUAUCUGCUCCGGAUUUACUGAAGGCGGACGUGGAGAGGAUACGUGCAAAGCGCAAGAAUGCGCCCGCACAGAAAGUUGAAACAGCACCGAUGAGCACUGUCAAGUCCGUGGUAGAUUCUGUGCUUAUUUGGAACUUUUUCUUGGUGCUGGGACUUUUAGGUUGGCUGGGCAUCGCCUUAAUACCACACUUUGCGUCCAAAAAUGAUGUGCUGCUGGACCCUUGGCUUGCGCUUUGGCAGCCCUUUAUCCAACCAGUACUUGGCGUGCUUAUGCUUGGCACUAUUGUGCAGGGGUCGAUUUCAUAUAUCAACUCGAAGGAAUGACCGGGAGCGGCAGGACUUCGCGUGGAGUCUUCCUCUUACUAUAUGAAUUCAGGGUUAAUUUGUA